UUUACAAUGUUUGUUUUUUAAGAACAUUUUUUGCUCAAAAGUAUACAAGUUUUUAAGCAUUUCAGUAGAACGCGUUGGUGCACAAGGUUUUGCAGAUCUCUGCAGACAAUUAGAAAAGAAAAUUAAAAUUACAAUACAUAUUUUCAAAACAUACUCAUUCGCUCCAACAAAUUACUUAUUACAUUUUUAAAACAUCUGAUUUGUAUACCUAAAAUAUUUGUGUAGAUUUAAAAUAGUGCAACUUGUAAAUUUCUUAAGAAUUACUGUUUAUAAUUUUAAAGAUUCUCUUUUCUUCAAUUUACCAAGAUGAUUUAUGAAGUUCUGAAACGUGAAAAACCUCACUUUCAGAGUAAAAUUCAAAGGUACUACAUCAACAAAGUAAAAGUAUUUGUGUCUACUGUACCAGUAGAUACACUGACACAUUUGUUACUUGAUAUCGGGAACGGUCGUACGUUUGGACAAAAUGUGGAAGCAGAAAUCUUCCUUUAUGACAGGCCAGAAUAUCUUGUUGAAGCAGAAUGUCUUGCUGCUCAGUUUACUAUUGCAUGCUAUCCUUGGAUUAAAGAUGUGAAAGUAACUAAAAGUUUAGAAGAGGGUCUCAAAGAUGCUGAUUACUUACUUAUUUUUCCACGACUGAGUGAUAUAAAUAUGUCAAUUGAAAAUAUAAUAAAUGAGCAGUUUGUGUUUCUUUCGACAAUGGCGGCUGGAAUGGACAAGUUUGCCAAGCUUACAUCAAAAGCUGUCAUAGUUGGAAAGUAUGAAAGCUUGUUUUGCUACAUGAUGGCUGUGUUUCUUAAGGAAAUCCCAUGGAAUCAAAUAACAGGGCUCACACGGCAUAUCGAGAAAAAAGUUACUAUAUUGCUUUCUGAAUACUUAAAGGUCCCUCCUCAACAAUUUUCUGGGAUCACUGUGCUGGGAGAAAAUGUGGUAGACGUAAAUAUGGCUUAUGUCAACAUGGAACAAGAGAUGAUUGAAAUAGUGAAUCUGGAAGAUCUUAAAAAAGCAGACAAUGGAUCUUAUGAACUAGCCUCUUUCAAUAAAGGAAAAAUACCAAAUCCUUUUGAGGGCGAAGAGGAAAAAAUUGCAGAAUUUUACAACAGCAUAAGACGAAGAGAACACUCUAAUUGUUACCAAUGCUUAAAUCUCCAAGAACACUUGCAAUUUUUCAAAAAAACUAAAGAGGAGGCAACAAAAAAAGGAAGGGAUAACGUGUUAAACAAAUUAGAUGAGCAAGUGGAAAAAUCUCCUUCCCCCUUAGUGGUUGCAGAGAGUCCUAGUGUUGUUGAAUUUAUUGCCAAUAAAGAGUCUUUUGCCACACUAAACAGAUUUGACUCUUCUGAACUAGACUCUUCACAACCCAAGGAAAUUUAUAAAAUGGGCGACAAUAGCAUUUCUUAUUAUCAAGAAGAUGAUUAUUUCAUUCCCAAAACAAAAAAUCCUGUUCCUUUACGUAAUCACAUAAGACGAAUGGUAGAGCAAAGAAGAAAAGAUAGACUGAAAGAAAAUUAUUUCUAUGAAGAUUCCCAUUUGAAAAAUGUUGUUUUAGUUGCAGCUGUAGUAGACGACAUGAAAUGGCUUUAUGAUAAAUUGCCAAAGUUAUGUGAGAAUAUGUAUGCUACCAAUGGUGCUUCUACAGCCAGAUCUUUAAAUGAGCACCUCCGGAUGUUGCAUUGUGGCACUGAUACACCCUUUAGUAUCAUGACUUGCAGCAUGGGUGCACUCGGCUUUCCAAAAGAAAUGUUUGUUUCAGGACCUGCCAAAGUCAACAGCAAGACAAAAGAGAUUGUAUUCUGGCAGCAAUACCAGGUACACGAAAGGGUCAGGAUAAUACUGAUGAAACAGAUCAUGCAGCUGAAAGAACAUUAUGACCUGUUCCAAACACAACUUGGCCUUGGAUAUCCUUACCCGAGCAUCACUGAUCCAGUGCAGAAAGUUAUCAAAGAGUAUAUUCCUGUACCUCGAAAGAGACCAAAAAAAGUUAAAAAAUCACUGAGCGAAGAGAGUAUAUCCUUACCUAGAGAUGACUAAAUCAAUUAUUUUUUUUUUUUAACAAAGUCUGUCAAAAAAAAUUUAAUCAAUUAAAAUAAAAAAUAAAUGUUAAUGAAUUAUGCAUAGAAAAUUAAUUUUUAAUACAUAUGUUGAUCAAAAUCUAAUGUAGAGCAAUAUAAUAUUUUCUAAUUAA